AUGGCCAAAUCCGCUGAUAUAGACCCGUUGCUGGUGGGAGGGACACCAUCACAGCCCCAUCACACACUCGGCCCAGAGAAUUCAUCUUCUUAUCUGGGAAAGCUGUGGGCGCAGACUCGUGACGAGGUUCGACAUGAUUUCAAAUCCACAAGAUGGCGACACACUGCGGUCUCAUUCUUCAAAUGGCUGGGCUUCUCAAUAUGGGCGCUGGGACUGGUAGUGCUUUGCCUCAUCUUCCCGCUGGUCAUCACAUAUACGAUAUCUCUGGAAAGCUCCGACUACUGGAACUACUGUGCCCCGGACGGCUCCUUCAGCCUCGAGCCAUCAAGCUUUUGGAACCCGGACUGGGCAUUCCAGAUCGUGCUGGCCUUUGGCUCGUUGAGUUUCACGCAGGCAAAGGUGGUGGACAUAGUGUGGGAUAUCGGGGUCGGGCGUAUAGGGCAGAGCCUGUUGGCAUACUUCUCAUGGCGGGCGUUCUCUGUCUACGUCAGAGCGUCCAUGGAGACCACCCCGGUCACAUACCGCACGUACUGGACCAUUUUCAUGCAGAACCAUGCUUCUGUCCAGUCCAUUUUCCGCCUGGUCCGGGACUUCACCACAAAGAGGGGCCUGAGGUCAAAAGUGGCAAUGGUUUUCAUGAUCCUCACAAUGGUUUUUGUCAUGGCCUUCCCGACUCUUGCCAGUGCGAUGACUGGCUACACGGCCAACAACGAAGCGGUCAUCAAAUUUGGCAACGGGACCCAGACCCCCUUUGAAAACUUCAACCAGAUCGUCGCCAUCAUCCACGACGGGGGCAGAGUCAACCUCACCGACGAGUACAUGGUCUUCAAGGGCUCGCAACCAAACCAGCACCAGACAUGCGGUGCUAGCAACUGCAUCGACGCAUACAUUUCCUUAUAUGGCAUCCUGAAAGACACAGAUUCUCUGUGGGGACAAAGAUAUCCUGGCAACGACAUUCCCGUGAAGAGCCCAACACUCAAUAUUACAUAUUCAGACGGCAAAGGGUUGAACACAACAUUCUUCUACCUCCCGAGGAAUAACAACUCGUACUCUUUGGGCUACGUACAGGAAAAUGCAGUCUGCCAGCCCGUCAUGGCAAACCACCAGCAGACCUACCAAUGGGGCUUCUCUGUGAUCCAGCUCGAAACGACGUUGAUCCUGCUGACCCUCUGGACAUUUGGAGUCUGGCUCAUGUGGCUCCACGCACACCACGAGCUCUCGAACAGAGGCAGAUACGAAGCACCAAAGGACCUGAAGGCUGCGCUGUACCUUGCAGACGCAAUAAGAGCAGACCUCAAGGAUUUCGAACAGCAGGCUGAUUUCAUGACCAACAAGGAGCUGGAGAAGAGCGCCGAUGAGCACCUGAAGGGCGGCAGGGUCGAAGUACUCGCACUCACCCUGGACCAGGGCAUCAGCUGCCGGAAGAGCUCUUGGCGAUGGGUCAAGACCAACAAGCUGUGGCUAUUCAUGUUUAUCUUUGCCCUGGGGACAUGUAUGUACUUCCUCGGCAACAUCCUCGCCAUCCUCGCCAUGAGCUUCGCAAUGGCCGCUGGUUGGGGCAGGAAAACCAGGGCAAUUGUAUCCUGGGCAGCAUGGCUUGUGGGAAUGGGGAUUUACUUGCCCAUCCUUCUCAGGAGUAUAGGAAUGCGUUGA